AUGAGCGACCCAACACCCGCAGCGCAGCAGACUCGCCUCCCCCCCCUCAACAGCCUCAUCCGACCCGCCCACAUCCUCUCGCUCUUCCGCCACCACGAGCAGCGCAAAACGCACCACUUCGACGGCUGCAGCCAGCUCUGGAACGCGAUCCUGACCCACCCCCAGGACUCGCCCGCCCACCGGCAAGCAUACCGCCAGCUGACCUCCCUGACGCAAACGAUCAAGGACGCCAUGGCCCGGCAGAAGGCAACGGAGCGAGAAACCGCGCGGCACGCCGAGCGGUCGCGGCAGGAACGCCUGCUCGUGCUGCAACGGCAGCGGCAGCGGGUCGCGAGGGAGCAGUCUGCGUUCCGGACGCUCGUGCGGCAGGUCGCGGGCGCGGUGCCCGUCCCCGGCGUCGCCGACUUCGAGGCCGGCCUUUCGGCUUUCCACCCCGAGGCCGCGGUCGGGUCGGGGUUGGACGCGCGGGAUGCGGAGCGCGUGGGGGAUGAUGUCGAGACGGCGCUCGGGUUGCUGGAUGUCAGUACGGAGAGGGCGAGUGAGGAGGAUGUGUACGCGGGUCUGACGUUGUUGGGGGUGAGGAUGUGCGUGAGGGUCGAGGAGUAUCUGCGGUCGAUCUCGAGGGAGGGGGAGUGA